AUGAUGUUUUUCAAUUGUGAAAAAAGUCAGAAUUCAUAUAAAUCAUGUCAUUUUUCUUGUUUGGAGUGUGAUGGUCCAACUAAACAUGACUGUUUGACUUGUGAUUAUUCUUAAAAUAGAAUAUAUUUAGAGGAGUAUAAAGUUUGUCUUUGUAUUUAUGGAACAACAGAUUUAGAUAAUUAAUGCAUAGAUUAUUCUACAUAUGGAAUAAAUAUUAUUGAAAAAAUCAAAUAAGAAUUCAAGUGUUCAUAUGGUUAUUUUGAAUUUGAAAAUAAUUGUUGGAAAUGGUAUUAUUAUAUAAUAUUAUCUUAGUCCUUCUACAAUAAGAGAUAAUUUAAUUAAAUGUGUUGAUUGUAUUAUAAAUCCAAAAACUUGGAUAUACAAUCCAUAUUGUUAAUAUGAUUUCGUAACAGAUAAUACUUAAUCUCCUUAUAUAAAAAUUGAUUAUGAAAAAGUAUAUUAUACUUUUGAUGGAAUGGAAUUAAAAGUAUGUGAACAUUGUGAUAGCAUUCCAAAUAUUUAUUAAGAUUAUAUGAUUACUCAAAAUCGUGUUUAUUCCUUCUGUUAGAACUGCAAUUUUGAAUCAACAGAAUAUCAAAAUACAUAAGAUAGAUUUUCUUGUUUCUUUUUUGAAAAUUGUUAAAAUUGUGAAAUAAAUAUAUCUUAACCAUAAUGCACUCAAUGUAGAAUGAAUUAUGUUUUGAAGGAUGGUAUUUGUUAAUUUUACUCAAUUCAAAAUACAAAAUAAUAAAUAUGUGAUAGUCCAAAUUAUAUUAAUUUUAAUAACAUUUGUAUUUUAUGUCCUAUUUAGAAUUGUCGUUUUUGUUUUGAAUAUUUAAGAAAUGAUCAUAAGAAAAACACAUUAUUUAUAAAAUAAUAAUUUAGUACAAUUGAAGAAGAAAUAUUGAUUGGAUGUGCUGAAUGUCUAAAAGGAUAUAUAUUUGAUUUUACUAUAGGAUAAUGUAUUUAUUAAUAGACAAAAUUAAAUAAUUGUUUAAGAUCAUAUAUUAAUUAAUAAAAUGAAGAAUUAUGCACAUUGUCAUCAAUUAAUGAUUUUACUGUUGCUCCUGAAAUAUCAAAUUGCCAAAAUAUAUUAUAUUAAUGUAAAUAAUGUGUUUAAACCCCUUAAUAUAUUCAAAAAUGUAUUAUUUGUGAAGAAGGAUAUUCAUCAUCUUUAAAUACAGGAAUUUGUUAAUUAAAUUAGAAUUUACCAAAUACAAAAUAUGGUGUUUUAUGGCCUGAUUCUAAUAUUUGGUCAAUGCUUGUUUAGAGCUUUACAAUAUUAUUUAUGUAAAAUACACCUGGAAUUUAUAAUUCAAUUAAUAGAUUGAUUAAUUUCUCUGUUGAAUGUCUUGAUGGUUAUGAAAUAAUAGGACAGAAAUGCAUGAAAUACUGCGAUAAAAAUUGUUAGAAAUGUCUAAUAUAAGAUAGUUUAAAUAAAUUUACUUGUACUUUAUGCUCUUUAAAUUAUUAUCAAUAACCUUAUAGAGUUUAAGAUAAUGGAAAAUGUAUAGUAUGUCCACCAUUAUGUUUGGUAUGCCAAGAAAGAUCUAUUGAUAGUAUUUUGGUAUAGUUUAUUUACUAUUUUAGAAUAUAAACCCUUAUUUCAUAAUCAAUGAAACCAAUAUUUAAUAUACUACCUAUUGUGUAUAAAGUAUCCAAAAUUCCAAUGUAUUUGUGGACCCAUAUCUUUAAAUUGCUUAAUAUAGUUAUAGUGAUGAAAUAUAAAAAGCUUAUGAAUAUCCAGUAAUCAAUAAUAGAUAUCUUUAGGUUCUUUGGCUUUGUAGUGGUGAUUCUACUAUAUUUGAAUUAAAUAAUCUUGAUUCCUCAUACUUUAACUAAAUUGGACUUUAACAAUUCAUACUUAAAAUGUAAUUAUAAAAUCCUUGCGGAGGGAGAGAGAUAAUAAAUAAUUUGAAAACAACAAUAUUUUCACUUCAAAUAAUUAAAUUAUAAUUUACUGGAAUUCUAUUACCUUUAGCUCUUGAUAAUACUUUAAAUUUUUCUAAUUUUGAUUAAGUUGAAUUUAGUAAUUUAUAAAUUAAGAUAAAAGAUGUUUUGAAAUUUAUAUUUUUUAAUAGAGGUAUGCCAAUAGAUUUUAUAAUAUAAAACACUAGUUUUUAUUCAAAUAAAUUAAGUUCAACAGAGUUUAAAAUCUAAUUUGAUGUCUACUAAAUAUUUCAUAUGUAUAAUAUAUCUAUUUUUGAUGCCAAUUUUAAUAAUAUUAUUAUUUUCAAGGUAAAUUCCACAAAUUUAAAUGAAGAUAUUUUAAUAGAUUUAUUUUUUUUGACCAAUUGUACUUUUAAUAAUACAGUUUUGUUUUCUUUCAAAACGACUUAAAAAAAAUUAGUAAUACAAAACCUUUUUAUUGAUUAAUGUUAAUUUUAUAAUUCUUUAUUAUUUAGUUUUAAUUAGGAUAUAGAUUACUAAUCUACAAUUAUUAUUUAAUCAAUCACAAUCAAGAAUUCUUAAUUUAACAAUUCUUAAUUUAUAUAAAGUUAUGAUAAAAAUAAACUUUCAAUCUUAUUUUUUUAAAUGAUAGAAAACAAAAUAGAAAAUUCAUAGUUAUUAAGAAUUAGCAAUGAUUUCUCAAUCUUUAAUUUAUUAAUUAAGUAAAAUUUUUUUAUUGAAUCUAUUUUGAUUGAAAAGUUAUUCUCAAAUUCAUAUGAAAAUAAACUAAUAAUUAAUGAGAUUCAAGUAAUCUCAAAUAUUUUCCAAAACUUUUAAGUACUUGUUAUAAAUGAAAUAAAAAUACCUUAUUUAAUUGAAUUAAAAAAUCUUGAUUUUAAAGAUAAUAUUAAUCCUUAAAUGGAUAUUCAAGAGUAUUUAUUUUAACUCAGUUCUUCCAUUCUUAAAAUAUAGAAUGUAUUUCUACUAAAUACUAUCAACCUUCGCUAUUUUUCUUUAUUUAACAUCACUACAAUUAAUAUUGAGAAUAUUACUAUUGAAAAUGAAUUAUAACAGCAUAGAAUUCCUCUUCAAUAAUAUUGUCUGAUUAACCAAUAAUUUCAUUCAAAAUUAUUAUUUUUGCAGGGAUUCUAAAGCAUAUAUAUGAGUUUUAUAAUUUUAAAGAAUUAAAUCUCUAUGGAUUAAUCCCUUAUUGAAAUUCUAUCAAAUGUAGAAAUUGGUACAUAAAAAACUGAAAAAAUUUUUAUUGAAAAUGUAAAUGUAACUAGAAAUAUUUUAUUGAGAACUAAUUAAGGUAAUGUUUUUUCAAUUAUUUCAAUAUUUUCAGAAAAAGUUUAACAAAUUAAUUUACAAAAUAUAUUCUUUUCGGAAAAUUCUUACCAUUAAUACAUGGUAGAUCUGACAUUAAAUUCUGCAAGUCUUUUGUUUAUUAGUUCAUUACAUAGUUAUGUUCUAAUUUAAGAUAUUAAAUGUUUAGAAAAUUCAUUAACAAAUUCUUCUAAUUCUUUCAUAAAAAUUAGUUCUAAUUAAAUAACAAUCAUUUCAAUUAAAAUAUCCAAUCAUAAUUAUAUUAGAAAGGAAUUCUGGAAUGAAUUUUAUGAACUUUAAUUACAAGAUAAUCUUAAUGAAAUUGAAGUUAAUUAUAUGAUUUAAUAAGUACUUUCAUUUUAAAAUAAUGGAGGAGCAUUAUAAAUUUAUGCUGAUACAUUCACUAUAGAAAAUAGUCUAUUUUUAUACAUUAUCGCAGAAAGUAGCUUUGCUUUAAAUAUCAUCACUAAAGGAAACGGAUUUGUCACUCUUAGUAAUUUAUACAUAUCUAAUUGUUAAAAUAAUUUAUUCUUAAAUUCUGAGAGAGAAGGAUCAAUUAGUAUUAAUUCUAAAAAUAGUUAUUUAACUUUAAUAAUAUAAAAUUUUACUUUAAAAAACUUAUACAAUAAAUUGGCUCCAUCUAUACUGUCUAUUUAAUCUUCAGAUAUAAAAAAUGACAUCAGUAUAAAAAAUGGCCAAAUUUUGAAUUGUUUUUCUUUAAAAAAUUCAUUUGUAGCAUUUUUAUUUAAUCCUGAAAAUGCUAAUUAAAAUUAAGUGAGUAUUGAAAAUAUUCUGAUUGAAUAAAAUGAAUAAGAUCUAUUAUUCUUCAAUUCAUAACUAGAAUUAUUAGAUCUAAUAACAUUAUCAAAAAUUACAUAAGAUAAUGCCAUAUUUAAUAUUUUAGGUUGUAAUUUAAAAAUCAAAAAAUUAACAUUUAAUGGGAUUGUUCAAUCCUCUAUUUUUAAGUUAAUAAAUUGUGUGAAAUUAUUGUUAUUUGAUAUUAAUUUUGAUGAAGUUACAAUAUUUUAUAAUUUGAAAUUGAUUCAUAUUGAAUAAGAUGUAUAAUUUAAGUCAUUAAUGCAAAUUCAUAAUGUACAUAUUCAACAUAUCAAUAUUUUUAAUAAUAAGAAUUAUAAAUUUUAGAUUAUUUAUCCAAAUUUUUUUAUUGACUAUAAAAGUUGUAAAAUAUAAAAACUUGUAUCACAAUUGAAUAAGAAUCAAUAGAUAGAAAAAUUAUUUAAUAAUUUUGAAUAAAUUUAAUUUUAUUCAACUUAAAAUGGGUCAAUUUUUGAAAUUAAUUGUUCAAAUAAUGAAACUAAAAUAUAUUUGAAAUAGAUAAUUCUAAAUAAUCACGAAUGCUAAUUUUGUAAAAAUGGUCUAAUAUUCCUAUAAUUGGUUGACUUUACUUAAAUAAGGAUUGAGGAAUUUUUAUGUAUUGGAAAUAUUAUCAAUUCAUUUGGAUGUAUUACUGCUUCAUCUGAUCAAAAAACUAAAGGAAAAUUAUUUGUCUUUAAUUCUUUUUUUAUUAAUAAUUCAGGCAGUUAAGGAAUAGCAUUAAGUUCAAUAAAUGUUAAGACAAUUUUACAAAACUUAAAGAUUUUAAAUAACACUGCUAUUUUAAUAGGAGGUGGAUUAUUUUUAGAUCUUACAAGUGAUGAGUUUUAGAUAAAAUUCACUAUUAUAUCAAAUAACAAAGCAAGAGAAGGUGGAGGAAUCUAUUUAAAUGGAGAUAGCACUUUAAAUUAAAUAAAUUUUCAUAAAUCUCUUCUAGUUCUUAAUUAAGCUUAACUAUAGACAAAUAAUCUUUAAGAAUUACCCUCUCAUUUAGAUUUAUCAAUUAAUUUCUAGACUUUGCUUUCAAAUAAAUAAAUAAUUGAAUAAAAGCAAAUAAGCUAAUUAAAAUUAAAUCCAUAUAGAAUUAUUGAAUAAGGUAAAUCAUUUAUGGCAAAUUAAUUAAUGAUACCAAGUAAUUAAGAGAUAUUAAAAUAUUAAAUAUACUAUCCAAAAUAUUUGAAAUAUAUUUCCUAUAUAACAGAAUUUUCUAUUUCUUUUAAAAAUAGAUUUAAUGAACAAUUAUUAAAUUUUUCUGAUUCAAGUUGCUUAAUAGUCUAAUCAACAUUUGACAUCAAUACUUUAGAAAAAUUGGGAUCAACUAAUAUUUCAUUGAUUGAAUUUAAUUAAAUUACAAAUAAUUUUAAUUUAGGAACAUUAAUUUUUAGUAUGAAUCCUUAUAAUCAAAGUGCCCUUGUCUUUAAAAUUUCAGCUUUUUGUAAAGCCAAAAAUUAUACUGAAGAAUUAUAAUAUGAUAUUAUAAUAAAGGGUUUAGUUUGCUAAUUAGGCGAAUUUUAUCAUUAAAAUGGUUGUUCAACUUGUUAAGAUAACUAAGGAUUCUAUUCUGUUACAUAUAAUGCUACAAAAUGUUCAAUUUUUGAUAAGUCAAAAUUUGAAGCCAUUACUUCUAAUAAUAUAAAUUUGAAACUAGGUUUUUGGAGACCACAUUAUUUAUCAGACAUUAUUGUUGAUUGUUUCAAAAGUCUAUAGUCAUGUAAAGGUGGUUGGACUGUAGGGGAUGAUACAUGCAUAAUUGGGCAUAUUGGAGGAUUAUGUGAAGAGUGCGAUAAAUAUAAUAUAAGAGGAGAUGGGUAUUAUUUUAAAAAUGAUCAAAAUAUAUCAUGUUUAAAUUGUAAUUAUAAUUCUGCUAAUAUUUUAUCUGUAAUUUUGAUUGCACUUUGGUAUUUAAUUUAUUUUAUUUUUAGGGCUAUUAUUUCAACAUUGAUAACGUUAAGGAGUGUAGAAAAAACAAAUUAAGCAUUUAUGUAAUUAAAAAUAAAUCAAAAAUUUUCAAAUAUACUAUUUAAAUUAAAUUUUGGUAAGUAUUAAUAUAUUAUUUUUUAGAUCAAGAGAGUAUUUUAUUGAAACUUUAUCUUAAUUAUUUAUGGAUAUUUUCUUUAAUUUUUACUUUUAACAUUUAAUUUUCUUUUUCAUUUAUCUUUGUUAACAAGAUGAGUGAUACAUCUUAUUUUAUGACUCGUAAUUUAGACUGUUAAAUUAUUUAAUCAUUUAAAAUGGAAUUAAUAUAUAGUAGAGUAAUAGUGAUGAUAACUUUAAUCAUUAUUUUAAUUUUAAUCAUUUAAUCAGGAAUAUCAAUUUUUUCAAUAAUAACAAAAGUUAAAUUCCACAAUAAUAUACUUUCAAUUACUUUACUUUAUUUGUAUAUAUAAAACUUUGCAGCCAUUAUAAAUCAGUAAAUAAUUAUAAUAAAUUAAGGCUUUUAUCAAUAGUGGCUAAAAGAUAAAUUUCAAAUAUUGAUUAUGUUUAAGGAGAUGUGUCAUUACUCUUUUAAACUUAACAUCAUUACUCGUGGAUAGUUAAAUUUGCAAUACCAAUCUCAAUGAUAUUAGGAUUUAUUUUACCAAUAGUAUUACUUUGUUUUUUGUACUUUAAUAAGGAAUAAUUUAACAAAAUAAAAUUUAGAAGACAUAUUGGUUAUUUGAUUAAUGAAUAUAGAAAGAAUAGGUUUUUUUGGGAAUGGAUAAAAUUAUGGAAGAAAACUACAAUCAUUAUUAUAUUGAUUUAUUUUGAAACAAAUGUAUUGUUGAAAGGAUUCUUAAUUGUAGUAUGUUUAAUGAUCUACUAAUUUAUGACAUAUUAAUAUCAACCAUACAUAUAUGAAAAAUUAAACAAAUUAGAUCUUUAAACAGGGUAAUUAUGUUCAUUAGCCAUAAUCUUAGCUGCAGUAAAAUAUAAUUCUGAAUAAGAAUCAGAUAAUUUCUCGGCAGGGGUUUUGUAAAUUGUUAUAAUCUUACUAAGUAUAGGAUUUAGCUAUCCAUAUAUUUUUAAAAUUCUCUAAGUUUAUUAUUAAAAAUACAAAGAAUAGUUUAUCAUGCUUUUAAUAGUAAUUUUAACUAAAUUAUCACCUAAAUAAAACUUAAUUUUCAAAUUUACAAAUAAACUAAAUUUAUGGAAAUAAAAAUAGGAUAGAAUAAAAAGGAAUUUCAACAAAAUGAGAUUUUAAACAAUCCUAAAAAAGCGCUUUAAUAAUAAAGAGUAAAUAUAUUCUAUAAUCAUAGUCAAAUUCAAAUGAAUAUCCCAAACACAACCCAAUAUUAAGAAGAUUAACCAUAAUUCAAAUUUUUGAUUUCAUAAAAAGAAUGA